GAGCGGUAUAUAUAACCGUGGGGAGACGAAGGGAAGGCCCCUGGCAGCCAAAAUGAAGUCUCUGCUGUCUGUGUGCUGUUUGCUGUCUCUGCUGGCCCUGUCUGCUGCAGGGUCCUCCAUCCAAGAUGAGGAGCCUCUGGUGCGUCUGCAGCUCCAGCAACCAGAGGGAGACCUCUUCUCCUGUGGAUGUGACGCAACAGAGGAGCCCGCCAGCCAGAGCUCCUCCAACGACACCCCGGCCCCAGAGAGGGCCAUGUGCCAACCCUGCAAACCACCAUCAGCUUUAGAUUCCAAAGAAGAGCCAGCUUCUUCCUCAGAGGAUGAAGAGGAGGCAGCUCCUGUGGAGGAGGAUGCUUCUGCAGAGGAUGUGACAAGUGAUGGAGAAGAAGAGCAGGAGGAGGAAGCUUCCCAGGAAGAGGUAGAAGAAGAGGUGUUGACAUCUGAGGAGGAAGCUGUCGAGGAGGCUGAGGAUGACAGUGUGGACAAGGAGGAAGUUGCCGAAGAGGUUGCAUCUUCUGAAGAGGAGGAGGAGAAGGUAGCUGAGGUAGAGGAAGAGGUUCAUGAGGAGGAGGAGAUAGUCGAGGAAGGUGAGGAAGAGGCAGAGGAAGAAUUGCCCCACGAAGAGGAGGAAGUGAGUGAACCUCAGGAAGAAGUUGCAGAGGAGGAAGAAGAAACAGUUGAAGACACACAGGAGGAUACAGAGGCAGCAGCUGAGGAGGAAGGUGUGGAAGCUCUCAUACAUGAGGCUGAAGAGGAGGAAGAUACCGUUGCUGAGGAUGCAGCUGAGGAAGAGGUUGCAGUGGCUGAAUCUGAACCAGAAGAAGAACCAGCGGAACUUCCUCAAACAGACUCAGAACCUGAGGAGCCAGAAGUGGUAGCAGAAUCUGAGGCUGAACCAGAGGUGACUGCAGAGCCUGAACCAGAACCGGAGGUGACUGCAGAGCCUGAACCAGAACCAGAGGCUGAGAUUGAAGAAGUAGCACAGCCAGAGCCUGAAGUCAUUUCAGAGCCAGAGGUGAUUCCAGAGCCUGAACCAGAACCAGAGGUUGUCCCUGAAGCGGAGCCAGAGCCCGUCGUGGAGGAGGUCUUACCAGAAUCUGCUGAGGAUGUAGCUGUGGAAGGAGAAUCAGUGGAGGAGGCAGCAGUAGAUGUCGCUGAGGAGGCGACAGUUGAGGAGGCACCUGCUGAUGUCGAGGAGGUGACUGCAGAGGAGCCUUCACAGUCUCAAACCAAAGAGCAUAAGAAAGAUGAAGCAGCAGGACCGACACCGAGGGACCGCGCCCACAUUGAGGAGACACUGCGAUUGGCUACUACUGAACCCUCAGCAGAGUUCUCAGCUGCUAUGAAGAAGCUGCUGGACAUCUACCACACUGCCAUCAAGCCAAUGGAGCAGGCCUACAAGUAUAAUGAGCUCAGGCAGCAUGAAGUCACAGAUGGUGAGAUCACCUCUAAGCCCAUGGUUUUGUUCCUGGGACCGUGGAGUGUCGGCAAGUCCUCCAUGAUCAACUACCUGCUGGGUCUUCACGGCACCUCACAGGAGCUCUACACAGGUGCUGAGCCCACCACCUCAGAGUACACAGUCAUAAUGCACGGUGAGAAGUUUCGGUCCAUAGAGGGCAUCGUCAUGGCAGCAGACAGCUCACGGUCCUUCUCACCUCUGGAGAAGUUCGGCCAAGGCUUCCUGGAGCGGCUGGUGGGCAUCGAGAUGCCUCACAAGCUGCUGGAGAGGGUCACCUUCGUCGACACGCCCGGCAUCAUUGAAAACCGCAAACAGCAGGAGAGAGGUUACCCCUACAAUGACGUGUGCCAGUGGUUCAUCGAUCGAGCUGAUCUCAUCUUCCUGGUGUUCGACCCCACCAAGCUAGAUGUGGGCGGGGAGCUGGAGAUGCUCUUCAAGCAGAUGAAGGGCCGCGAGUCCCAGAUUCGCCUCAUCCUCAACAAGGCCGACAGUCUUACCACCCAGGACCUGAUGAGGGUCUACGGGGCCCUGUUCUGGAGCAUGGCGCCCCUCAUCAACGUCACAGAGCCUCCUCGGGUGUACGUCAGCUCCUUCUGGCCUCAGGACUAUGCUGCAGACACCAGCCGAGGGCUCUUCAUGAAGGAGGAGACCUCUCUGCUGGAGGACCUCAACCAGGUGAUUGAGAAUCAGAUGGAGAACAAGAUCGCUUUCAUCCGCCAGCAUGGCAUCCGUGUGCGCAUCCAUGCCCUGCUGGUGGACCGCUACCUCCAGACCUACUACGACAAGCUGGGCUGGUUCAGCGACCCCUACGAGGUGUUCCAAGACAUAGUCAACGACCCGGACAAAUACUACAUCUUCAAAUCUAUUCUGGCCAAAACCAAUGUCAGCAAGUUCGACCUACCCAACAAAGAGGCCUACCAGGACUUCUUCGGUGUGAAUCCAGUUUCCAGUUUCAAGCAGCUUUCCUCCCACUGCAGCUGGACCGGCGGUUGUCUGCUGGAGAAGAUAGAGAGGGCCAUCUCAAACGAGCUCCCGGCUCUGCUCAGCAGCGUCAGCAAGGGCGCAGAAACACCUGCCCCGCCGAAGGCCGCACCCGCACAUCCGCCUCCACUCCCUGGCACCUGUGAGGGUCCCGGGUGUGAGGAGAAACCCAAGAAUCGCUGGAGGAAGCACUGAGAUGGAGGAGAAGGGUGGAACAGAGGAGGCAGAUGGUGACGGCAGCCAGAGGGUUUCCUGAAAUAAUCCUCACUGCUGUGAUUUUCAGAAGUGGGAAUGAUGAGACUGAGCAGGGGAAGAGAAUAGAAAAUGUACAAAGAUGUACCAAGCAGAGCUGGGUCAGCUUUUCUGUGACUGCACUAUUCUCUGGUACACAUUGUCCUUUAUGACACCCCUCUGGUAUUUAGGGCAAAACAAAGAAAAAUAUUUUGACUAAUGGUUUGGUUGGAAAAUCAUGUUUAAAAAAAAAAAGAGUCAACUUUCCAUCUGAAGCCACUGCUGUCUGCAAAACGUGAUAAAUGUCCAAACUUCCAAAACAUAACAGAAAAAAAUCCAAGAUGUCUGAUUCCUAUGUAGCCUUUCAUAUUAAUGAAAUCUGAGAAUGAAUGUUUAAUUGUUCUCGCUGUUUUCAAGUUUGUACAUUAUUUAUUCAAGUUUUAUUCAUCAGAGAGAGAGAUGCUGGCAGCGACUGUACAGUAAUACAGUAAGCGCUGCCACUCUUGUCUUCUGUAUGUUUGCAAAGUCUGAAGUUUGAGGUUCAGACUGCUGUGCUGUGUUCUUACAGUUAAACCAGUGUAUGUUGUUAUGGUGUCAGGUGGUGGGACAAUAAAAAAGAAGGAAGGAUGAUUUAUUGGGCAGGGAUUCGACCAUGUUUAGUCACUGUACUGUACUGCACUACUGUAUACUGUACUGUCUUCUUUUCUCUGUGUUGUUCUACAUGUUCAUCAUAGUUUUAUUUCACAUUUCUCAUCACUGCACUGGGACUGAGUUAACUGAAUUCUCCUCGUAACAACAUCAAUAAAGAAGCCUGUAUUUAAUGCCACCGUGGCCCUCUCAGCCCUCUGAGCUGUUGCUAGUUUUACCUCAACACGGCUGCAUACCACAUGGGCAUUUCCUUUAAAAAUGUAAUCUUUUCCUUGUUCCUCUGGGUCUGUUUGUAAUUGUCAUUCUUUUGAGUGAUUUCUUUUGAGUAAACAACAAAAUAAAAAUCGG